CGAGAGAAAACUGGAGGGAGGGGGAAAGGAAGGGAGGCAGAAACACAGAGAGAGAGAGAGGAGACCGAAAAGCAACCAGGCAGAGAGGGAGCUGGCGGACCGGUGGCCUUGCAUAACACACAUUUGGAGCAGCUUUGCACACAGGACUUGGUGAGAUCUCUCACCAGGAGGGAACUUCCCUUUCUCGCUCUUGUUGCAGGGACGGUGCAGCCUCGAAAACGGGAAUCCACAGAGAGCUCGGAGCAGCUUCUCAGAGCAGAUAACCAGGUUUGGAGAGCGGCACAAAGGAGAGAUUCAGGAACAGGAGUCCGAGGACUCCGACGCUCACUGACAGGGAGGAAAGGAUCCUGGGCUGUGCUCUGCAAGCAGUGGCUGUGGAGAGACUGGUCUGCACCUCGCGGUGUGUUUCCUCUUCCCUCCCCGUCGUUCUCCUCUCUUUUGUUGCUGUUCCUCCAUCUCUGCUGCUCUCCUCCUUUGUUGCGUUUGCUGAGUCCACCCUGCUGUAAACUGAGCAGAGGUUCUCGCUGCUUUCCGAUGCAGUGACCUUGUCGAAACCAUCGUCGGAGGGAGAUAUGUCCAAAUGCUAAAAACGAACCAAGAUUCCUGUCAACGUAGUGCAAGAGCUGGACUGGUCAGAAAUGAUUCCUCAUGAAGUUUAUGGAGCUGAUUUUGUGAGCUGGAAUGACUCCACGUUCUCCGGUGUGAGUGCUGGUCCUGUCCGCCAGUAACUUCAGAGAGUCAGAACCGCAGGGAGCACUCACCAGGGCGUGGAUCUGAGUGUGAACGUGGUCUCGGAGGAGCCUAAAAGUAGCCCGGGGGAGUGUUAGGACCACGGCGACAUUAUGAAGGCCAGUCAAGAGCGAAGCAAUGGAUGCCUGCCUCCAAAGAAACGUGAGAUCCUGGCACUGGAGCAGAGGCCUGUGGCGGUGGCUGCAGCGGCGCCUCCUGCUGCGGUGCCUACAGACAACCCCCACACAGAAAACCUAGCGUGGCUGGCUAGCGUGGCCAGUGAACGCUGCAGGUCCAGGGAGGCGGAGAGUCCGAGGUGUCCCGUCCCCUCCACCACGUCUUCGCCUUCCACGUCGAUCCCGUCCCCGGCCACCCCGCUAUCCGCCGUGCCCCUGGCGUCUCUGCCUGCCGUGUACCCRGCUGCCCUUCCCCAGCAAGCUGGAACAAUCCAGUUCGCUCAGCUCGGACCCAACGUGCAGUUCAUAAGUUCUGGUCCGUACGCCGGGUACAUCUCCUCCCACAUCAUCCCAACUAAUGCUAGCUCUGCACCUAGCAGCGCUGCUAUAUUAGGACAGCGUCCUCAGACUGAUUACACCGCCGCCCUCGUGUCCCCCAAUGCCAAAGGGGAGUUUCAGAUAGGCCUCUCCCCCACGGAUCUCACUCCCGUGUCGCUUUCUGGUUCACCUCAUGUCCCCAACCAGUACAUCCACCUGGACAGCAGAGCGCCUUUAACCGUCAGCAGGAACGCGGUGACGUCGCCCACGGCCCACCUGCAGCUCCACCCGCACGCCGCCGUCCUCCCUCAGACGCUCACGCUCGCCCCGUCGCAGCUCGUGGUCCAGUAUGCCGACGGCUCGGCCAGGAGGAAGGCGGAGGGGCACGCUAAGGGUGUGAUGAACGGGGAACUGGAGGUGGUCAAGCAGGCGAAAGCCUCCAGCCAUCAGCCGGUCCAGAGCUACGAAACCAGACACAUCCUCCUGCCCGCCGACUACGGACAGAACCCUACAGGGCUCCAGACCUCCCUGCUUCUUGUAGCCCAGCCCAACCAYGGAGCUGAGCACGAAGCGGGCUCAAAUAAGAUCUCUUUAGUCCAGACUGAGAAAGGAAGCCUCUGUUUGGGGAAACCAGUAUCCAGGGGCUCUUCUUUCUCCUCCGUUUCCUCCUCAGAGGUGGUGAAGUCUGUUGCUCCUCACGCCGUCAUCCAGACCUCUCUACCCCCCGAGGAGCUGCCGACCAGCCUCUACUCCUCCGCACAGCCCCCCAUCAUCGGCUACAUCACCAGUGGAAACCAGCACACCGUCAGCUACCACGCAGCUCUGCCGCAGCACCUGGUCAUCCCGAGCGGCCAGUCCCUCCUCAUCCCUGUCAGCGGCGCCAACAACGGCACGGAAAUCGAGGUUAGCCGUGCGGUCAGCACCCUGACCGCCACCACCACCCCUCAAAUAUCCACCGCCAUGCCCCACGCCUACCUGGCCACGGCACUGUCCAAGUGCGAGGCGCUCGGACCGGAUGGACACCAACCACCCUCUGCUCUGGUGCAGGCCGCCGCGUUGCCAGCGCCGCCCUCGAACCCCGCUCCCACCGCCGCGGCGGCGGCAGCUCCCUCCCGAGCUCCCACUCCCGCCCCGCCAUCCGUCCAAGCCUCCCCCUCGGUCUCCUCCCCGCAGUCGCCCGUGGCUCUCCCUCCGUUCUUCAUGCGAGGCUCCAUCAUCCAGCUGGCCGACGGGGAGCUCAAGCGGGUCGAGGACCUGAAGACCGAGGACUUCAUCCAGAGCGCGGAGAUCAGCAGCGAGCUGAAGAUCGACUCCAGCACCGUGGAGCGCAUCGACAGUGGGCAGAGUCCCAACGCCGUGCUCAUUCAGUUCUCUGUGGGAGAGCUCAAAGCUCAGGUGUGCGUGGAGGUGUUGGUGGAGUAUCCCUUCUUCGUUUUCGGCCAGGGCUGGUCGUCCUGCUGCCCCGAUCGGACCACCCAGCUGUUCGAGCUGUCCUGCGCCAAGCUGUGCGUGGGCGACGUGUGCGUGUCGCUGACCCUUCGCAGCUUGAGGAACGGUUCGCUCGCGGACAAGCCGAAGGCCGGCCACUUCAACGACUCCCCUCACAACGGAGAUCCGAAUGUGAGGAACGGUUCGAGCCCUCCCGGCGGCGGCGGCGGCGGCCAUCUUCUAACGAAGGCCUCCAGUGUGGACGUUGUGGACAGGCAGCAGGUUGCCGGUUCUGGACCAGCAGGGCAGCUACCAGCAGAACUAGAACCGGGACAAGCAGAGGGUGUCUACAGGACCCGAGCAGCGCCGGCGGUUCGGACUGCAAAAGUACGACAAGAAUCCAUCCAAACGGACCUCUCGAAACUCCAGUGCGUCGAUUCGGACAGACCUUCCAAUCGUAAGAGACGCUGGUCGGCGCCGGAGCGAGACCAGACCGAGAGAGGCGAGGAGGAGCCCCCCGUGACUCUGCCCAAACCCUCCUUCCUCCCGCAGGAGGUCAAAAUCAGCAUAGAGGGCCACUCCAGUGCUGGGAGCGAAAGAUUUUAAACAAAAAGGACUGGAUUGUUAAAAAAAACAACUUUUUUGAAUACUCGUGGUCCGGUUUGUGUUCAACCUCCUUCUUCUCAAUCAAUCAAGGCUACUGUAAAAUARAAUUUACACCAUUUUCUUUUGUCUGUGAUGAAGUCCAGAAGAGCACCUUGGUAAUGUGGGGUAACACACAGGAUCAGUGCAAUUAAAGCUGAAAGCUAAAACAAAA